UUUAUGUAAUCUGCAACCAAACUAUAAAUCCACCUUGCUCUCUUCAUCAAGGUAGUUCGCCAUGUCCGUCCCUCCAUUCGAUUCCACUGCCUACUUCAUGGAUGUAUGGUCAAAGAAUCGACAUCACUCCUGCCGGACUGAGCGGGAAGUCUAUAACACAGCAGAAACGGACAAGGCCGAUAUCUGCGCUUUUGGUUUCAGGAAUCGUACCAUGCCACAUAGCAUUCGUGCCCACGAUCAGUGAGGAGAGCAUGGUGAAGCUGGUACCGUUCGGUUCAGGUACUAAGACACACCGCCGUUAUUUAACGCGCUCUGCACGCUUACUUGGCUUGCAUCCACCAGUUGGUUUAACACAGUCACGAACCACUCGCCUAUCAUCUCAUUUGCAUACAACCACAGCUCCGGGCCGCUUCAAGGACACAAUCGCGAACUUGAAGAACAGGCAAGGAUUCACUGUGAACACCAUCAGCGAGCCAUCCGUCCAGAAUGCACAUGCAACUGUUACAGACGCUCCUCCCGGCGCCGACGAGUGGAACAACGGUCUGACAAAGGAAAAAUACGUAUGCGUGCACCUUCGUGAUACGACAUAUGCGCCAACAACCAGGUGUUCAGGUGCAAAUAAAAGCCUCCCGCAUCAAGGAAAACACUUUCAGCAUGGAUAUCAUUGACAGCAUAAAGUGGAUGUUCUAACUCUCGCACACUUUGUGGCAGCGUUCUUGACGAGACGUUUCAAUGGGCUCAUGUACGGAUGCUUGCCAUUAUAGUUCACAUUUGCUAUCCAAGUACAGAAGCCUCAACGUCCUCACACUCGUUCAGAGCUGGAACU